AUGGAUGGUGUCCCUCUUGACGAUCCUACCUUAUAUCGUCAGCUGGUGGGAAGCCUGAUAUAUCUGAUUGUUACUCGACCUGACAUUGCCUAUGCUGUUCAUAUCGUUAGUCAGUUCAUGUCCGCUCCUCGGACGACUCAUUACUCUGCUGUUCUGUGGAUUCUUCAGUACGUCAAAGACACUCUCCUUCAUGGUCUCCAUUAUUCAGCUCGCUCGUCCUUGGUUUUAACUGGGUACUCUAAUGCUGAUUGGGCAGGAGAUCCCACCGAUCGUCGCUCGACUACUGGAUUUUGUUUCUUUAUCGAUGAUUCACUUAUUUCUUGGCGUAGCAAGAAACAGAUAGUCGUCUCUCGGUCCAGUGCGGAGUCCGCGUAUCGAGCUCUUGCGGAUACCACUACCGAGCUUCUAUGGCUUCAAUGGCUAUUGGCUGCUCUCGGUGUGUCUCAGCCCUCUGCUACCACUAUUCAUUGUGACAGUCUGAAUGCCAUGAAGAUUUCGACGAAUGAUGUUUUUCACGAGCGUACGAAAUAUAUUGGGAUCGACUGUCACCUUGUCUGUCAUCACGUUGCUAACGGCAACGUCUCCUUGUCCUCCACUUCUUCUGCUGAUUAG